AUGGAUCCUUGUCCUCAAUUAAUUGCGAUUGCUUUGUUUUUUUCAUGCAUACUUCUCUACAAUGCACUGAUUAAAAAAAACAGUACUAAAGGGAACCAAAUUAAAGAGGCUCCUGAACCAGCUGGAGCAUGGCCAAUUAUUGGCCAUCUACAUCUGUUAGGUGGGGGUGAUCAGCUUCUAUACCGAACUCUUGGAGCAAUGGCUGAUAAGCAUGGUUCAGCGUUCACUAUCCGUCUCGGCAGUCGCCGGGCUUUUGUGGUGAGUAGUUGGGAGGUAGUGAAGGAAUGCUUCACAAUUAAUGACCAGGCGCUAGCUUCACGUCCGACUACAGUUGCAGCAAAGCAUAUGGGCUACAACUAUGCUGUUUUUGGAUUUGCUCCAUACAGCUCUUUCUGGCGUGAGAUGAGAAAGAUCGCAACUCUUGAACUUCUUUCUAACCGACGGCUUGAGAUGCUUAAGCAUGUUCGAGCUUCUGAAGUUGACAUAGGGAUAAGGGAGCUAUACAAUUCGUGGGCUAACAAUAGCUCCAGUCCUGUGGUUGUUGAACUUAAACGAUGGCUAGAAGACUUGACACUUAAUGUGGUCGUCAGAAUGGUGGCUGGAAAGCGUUAUUUUGGUUCUGCCGCCGCCUCUGAUGAUGGAGAGGCAAGACGGUGCCAGAAGGCGAUUAAUCAGUUCUUUCGUCUGAUUGGUAUUUUUGUGGUUUCAGAUGCACUUCCAUUUCUUGGGUGGUUAGAUUUGCAGGGACAUGAAAGGGAAAUGAAGAAUACAGCCAAAGAGUUGGAUGCUAUUCUCGAGGGCUGGCUGGAUGAACAUCGCCAAAGGAGAGUUUCUGCUGGAAUCAAGGAUGAGGGUGAGCAGGACUUCAUCGAUGUGAUGUUGUCACUUAAGGAGGAAGGCCAACUGUCCAAUUUUCAGUAUGAUGCAAAUAACAGCAUCAAGUCUACCUGCCUAGCUCUUAUCCUUGGUGGUAGUGACACCACAGCAGGCACACUAACCUGGGCCAUCUCAUUGCUUCUGAACAAUCGCCACAUGUUGAAGAAGGCACAAGAAGAGCUAGACCUCCAUGUUGGCAAGGAGCGGCAAGUUGAAGAUUCAGAUGUUAAGAAUCUUGUUUAUCUACAAGCAAUCAUCAAAGAAACCCUCCGACUAUAUCCAGCUGGUCCCUUGUUAGGACCCCGAGAAGCAAUGGAGGAUUGCAAAGUUGCUGGUUACCAUGUCCCUGCUGGCACCCGCUUGAUAGUAAAUGUAUGGAAGAUUCAAAGGGAUCCGAGAGUUUGGACAAAUCCAUCUGCAUUCCUGCCAGAGAGGUUUCUCACUAGCCAUGGAGAUGUUGAUGUUAGAGGCCAGCAAUUUGAACUCAUUCCUUUUGGUUCUGGCAGGAGGUCCUGUCCAGGUAUGUCGUUUGCACUCCAAGUCCUUCACCUGACACUUGCCCGUCUUCUUCACUCUUUUGAAUUGGCUACCCCAAUGGACCAGCCUGUUGACUUGACUGAAAGUUCAGGUCUAACCAUUCCAAAAGCUACCCCAUUAGAGGUUAUUCUUACCCCACGCUUACCUCCCAAGCUCUAUGGCUAUUGAACCGAGCACUGAAGGAAGGUUGGAUGUGCCAUUUAAAUUUUAAGGAAACAAAGGAGUUUUUGGAUCAGGUAGUUAAUAAUUGUUUCUACUUUGUUAUUGCCUGUUGCAUCGUGUGGAAACUUAUCUUGAUCGAUCAAUUUGUAACGUCCAUUUAUAUUUCAAGCACUGCUCUGGUCUCUGCUGUCCGAAUUUGUGUCUUUUUUAGGUUGGUUGGUUAGUGUUUGGUAUGGGGAAUAAUAUUGAUUACAGUGGACUGGA